AUGAAGAUAAUGGUAGCCGUCAAGCGAGUUGUCGAUUACGCCGUCAAAAUCAGGGUUAAGCCCGACAAGACGGGGGUUGUGACCCAGAACGUGAAAAUGUCGAUGAACCCCUUCUGCGAAAUCGCCCUGGAAGAGGCCCUUCGCAUCAGAGAGUCUGGCUUGGCCUCCGAGGUUGUCGCUGUCAGCAUCGGACCCUCUCAAUGCGUAGAAACUCUCCGAACGGGUCUUGCCAUGGGAGCCAACAGAGGCAUCCAUGUUGAGUCCACUGCUUCCCUAUACCCUCUCUCUGUUGCCAAAAUCUUCAGAAAGCUCGUCGAGAUUGAGAAACCCGAUCUUCUCAUCCUUGGCAAACAGGCUAUUGAUGAUGAUUGCAAUCAAACAGGGCAGAUGAUAGCAGGACUCCUAAACUGGCCUCAAGGGACUUUUGCUUCAAAGGUUGUCCUUGAUAAAGAGAAACAGGUUGCCACAGUGGACAGAGAGGUUGAUGAUGGUAUAGAAACUGUGUGUUUGAACUUACCAGCAGUAAUAACCACUGAUCUGAGACUGAAUCAACCAAGGUAUGCUACUCUUCCCAACAUAAUGAAAGCAAAGUCGAAACCAAUUAAAAAAUUCACUCCGGAGGAGUUGAAUGUGGAAAUCAUAUCUGAUUUGGAGAUAGUUCAAGUCACAGAACCUCCCAAGAGAAAAGCAGGGGUUAUUGUUUCUUCUGUGGAUGAGCUGAUUGACAAACUAAAAAAUGAGGCUAAUGUUAUUUGA